AUAUGUCACUGCGAUCUCAAACCAGAAAAUGUUUUGCUUUCGUCGGACUCGGAUUUUCCUCAAGUUAAAUUAUGUGAUUUCGGAUUCGCGAGACUUAUCGGCGAAAAAUCUUUCCGUCGAAGUGUUGUCGAUAAUUGUAUAAUAAAUGUGUUGUUUGGCCGCAAAAUAGGAACCCCCGCCUAUUUAGCGCCUGAAGUAUUACGUAAUAAGGGAUACAACAGAUCUUUAGAUAUGUGGUCCGUCGGUGUCAUCAUUUACGUGAGUCUUAGCGGAACCUUUCCUUUCAAUGAAGAGGAAGACAUAUCGGAUCAGAUAACGAACGCUGCCUUCAUGUUUCCACCCGAUCCCUGGAAUCAGAUCUCUCCAGACUCUGUCGAUCUCAUCAGUAAUUUAUUACAAGUAAAG